CAACCUCCUUAUAAAGGGACUCUCUCACGUUGUGGCUUGGAAAUUAGAGCACAUAGCCUAAAAUUGAGGUCUCCACACACACACACAUACACAUACACACACACACACGCCGAGUCACCGAGAGCCGCUGCCAUGAACUGGAUGAACGUGGAGGAGACGCUCCGCAGGGCCGAGACGCCUCUCUUCUGGGUCGGCGCGUUCACUGUGGCCUCGCUGGUGCUGUGGGUGCUCUACAGGCUGUUCUCAGGCUUUAGGAUCUGGGUCUUGGGAAACGGGCUGCUGAUCUCUCCGAGGCUGGGCAAAUGGGCAGUUGUGACGGGAGGCACUGAUGGAAUCGGGAAAUCCUAUGCGGAGGAGCUGGCUCGUCGCGGAUUUUCUGUGGUGUUGAUCAGUCGCUCUCAGGACAAACUGGAUGACGUGGCCAAGUCACUCGAGGAUCAGUAUAAAGUGGAGACCAGGACCAUUACAGUCGACUUUGGUAAGGCGGACAUCUACCAGAAGAUCGAGGAGGGGCUGACUGGCUUAGAGAUCGGUGUUCUUGUCAACAAUGUUGGUGUGUCCUACUCCUACCCUGAGUACUACCUCAAUAUUCCUGAUCUGGACAAUUUCAUCACAAACAUGAUAAACGUCAACGUGACCUCCGUCUGCCAGGUGAGAUGACCUCGUCUGGUGCUGCCCAGAAUGGCUGACAGGUCCAAAGGUAUUAUCCUGAACAUCUCCUCUGCCAGCGGCAUGUACCCCCUCCCUCUGCUUACAGUCUAUUCUUCCACAAAGGCCUUUGUGGAUUUCUUCUCCCGUGGCCUUCAGGAGGAGUACAGGCGUCAGGGCGUCAUCAUUCAGAGUGUGCUGCCCUUCUUCGUGGUCACUAAAAUGACUCGCAUCAAGAAGCCCACCCUGGACAAGCCCACUCCUGAGCGCUAUGUGGCAGCUGAGCUCGCCACUGUGGGUCUGCAGUCCCAGACCAAUGGCUAUUUCCCACAUGCUGUCAUGGGAUGGUUGACCACCAAGCUGGUUCCGAUCAACCUCGUCAUCUUCUUUGGAGCCAGAAUGAACCGUCUGCAGCGAUCCGGAUACCUGCGGAGGAAGAAGCAGCGGGAGGAGAGGAACGGAGACAGUUUGAAGAAUGAUUAGGAAGAUGGCUGACAAAUCGGUGUUGAUCAACUCUGUUCUGACCAGGUGCAGCGUUAAAGGAAAGGAGAGAUUGUGUUUUAGUAUGCGUGUGGUUGAUCCUCCAGGGUUACCUGAGGUUUCACAUUUGUGCCUUCAGUAAGUGUGCUCGUCAAAGUAAUGUAUGACUUUGUUUAAAACGGCAAACUGUGCCCUGAUGUGAUUUUGUCUGGAGAGAAAUGAUCAAAGAAGGCAGAAGCUGAAAUGUUGUUAAAAUGCUGCUCUUGGCAAAGAACAUUAAUCCAUUUUGUCACUGACGCUGAUGGAAAUAAUGCAACCAAAAAAUGAAUGCAGGAGUUGUUAACCCUGCUGUUGUAAGCAGUGGAAACUGGUGGUGGUUUUUAUAUAUAUAUAUAAUUAUUUAUUUCGUAUUUGUAUGACCACAUGAGCCAAACUCUUUUUAGAGGCUAGCUUUCAACCUAGUCCUGUUUACAAUUCAUGAGCUAUUUAAAGAUGGCAAUUUCUGCUUUCUAUCAUGUCGGUUAACUUUCAUUACUAACUGCUAUCAUCAUGCUUUGGCUCUUCCAUAAUAUUGUGUGUUUACAGUAUAUUUAAAAUGAUAUUUUGUGGUGGGUUGCUGUUGCACCAAUGUUCUAAACCAAAGUUUUUCAUAUUAACUGGCAUUCCUCACAAGUGCCUUCUGACAUUAAUGCUGGAAAUGGUCAAAUUCAAUGAGCGGGUGUUGACUGGUUAAAAAUGUAUUAUGAAAGGAUGUAAUUCAACUAGUAUGAUGUCUGUGAACUGAACAGUUGCUCCGUGUUGUGCCUUUUUUUAAUCAAAAUGUAAACCUUUAGCCGACGAAGGAAAACCUCUUGACCGCUGGACAUCUACAUUAGUUCCUCCAGUGUGUGUUUGAAAGGAUUUCACAGGGAUGAAGAAUAUUCUUGGUUCAUUGUGGAGCAAAUCUCCCUCUAGUUGAAGUUAAAACUAAAAUGUGAAAGUUUUACAUCAUUACCUACAGACUGGUUCACAUGCUACCAAAUGUUUUCUUCAAAAACAGGAGAACUGCUCCUAUUUAUGCAGUUGAUGCAAAAGUGAAUACCCCAUAUGACUUGGUCUGACCUGUGCCGCAACUAAAGCGGUCUUGUGAAUGCUUUGCCUUUUUGUAAUAAGUCUUUUUUAAUAUGCUUGGAAAUAAAUAAUAAAAAUCUCUACAUGUAAAAUUCACUGUUUUCAUUUAUAUAGCUGGAAAGUGGCAACUAAUGUUUUCUACUGUUUGUUAAUAAAAGCUCUGGCACACAGCACA